AUUUUAAUUUCUCUAUUUCUUUAUAUUAAAAAAAUAUUCGUGUACAAUGUAUACAUAUAAAGUCAAAGCUAUCCCUAGCAGACCAACUAUGUCACGUUACAUAGAGAUAAACCUCGCCACAAUCUUGAUCUUCAUGCAUAUUUAAGACCAUAUAUAGCUCUGCCUAGCUUCCCCUUCUUUGUCCAUAUGUUCUUGGCCUAACCCCACUUCGUUAUCUCCAUCAUUUACUAAUUGAUUACUAUUUUACUAAAUUCUGGACCCAUAUUAUCAUGCAAAUUACAUAAGAUUUUGUCUUUUUGGUUUCGAUUAUUGGUCAAAGUCUUUCUUGUUUUGUAUAUAUAUACCCAUGGAGAAAGAUGAUACCAACUACUCGGGAGGUUUUCUUGGGGUCGACUUCAAUGGUGAUCAUGACCAUGGCCAUCAUCAUCUUCAUCAGCAUCAGCAGCACCACAAUCAGCAGUUCAUGGUUAAAAACACAUACGAGAAUGGGAACCAAAUGGUGGAUUACUUAAUCAAUAAUCCAAUACAACAACUACCUAAUUCCGGUGGUUUUUGUACCUCAAACUCGUUGGAUAAGUUAAGUUUUGCAGAUGUGAUGCAGUUUGCAGAUCUUGGACCCAAGUUGGCUUUGAACCAAAAUAAAACAAGUCAUCAUCAUGAUGAAGAUCAAGAAAAUGGGAUAGAUCCGGUUUACUUCUUGAAAUUCCCAGUUUUAAACGAGAGGAAUAUUCAAGAAGAUCAUCAGAGUCUACUUGCUCCUAUUGGAGACGAUGAAAACGAGACUCGAGUAGUGAUUGAUGGAGGAGAAAGAGAUGAAGAAGGUAGGGUUUCUGAAGGUACGUCUGUUCGACUUCAAUUUAUCGGUGAAGAUGCUCAUAAAACCCUAGUCGGUGAUGGAAAGAACAAGAGAAAAAGACCAAGAACUAUAAAGACGAGUGAAGAAGUUGAGAGCCAAAGAAUGACUCAUAUCGCAGUCGAAAGAAACAGACGAAAACAAAUGAACGAACAUUUACGUGUUCUUAGGUCUCUCAUGCCAGGAUCUUAUGUUCAAAGGGGUGAUCAAGCUUCAAUUAUCGGUGGUGCAAUCGAGUUUGUGAGAGAAUUAGAACAACUUCUUCAAUGUCUGGAGUCACAAAAACGACGAAGACUCUAUGGCGACACUCCCAGAGUCGUCGGAGAUUCGUCAUCUCUUCCAAUCCUUCAGCAAGCUCAACAAGGUCCACCGGGAGUGUUCUACCCUCCGCCUGAUGAUCAAAUGAAGCUGGUUGAAUUCGACGGUGGACUCAAGGAAGAGAUGGCGGAGAGCAAGUCAUGUUUGGCUGAUGUCGAAGUGCGACUUUUAGGGUUUGACGCCAUGAUCAAGAUUUUGUGUCGGAGAAGGUCUGGUCAGCUUAUUAAAAUCAUCGCUGCACUUGAAGAUUUACAGUUCAAUAUCCUCCAUACCAACAUCACCACCAUUGAACAAACUGUGCUCUAUUCAUUCAAUGUCAAGGUUGCUAGCGAACCGAGGUUUUCUGCUGAAGACAUAGCGAAUUCGGUACAACAAAUUAUUAGUUUUGUGCAUGCAAAUAUCAGUAGUUGAUAAACAUAAAAAUAUUCGUCCGUUUUAAUCUUCAUUUCCAACAGAUACAAUCUAUUCCAAUAGCUAAGUCGAUCCCUCAAUGAAAGUUUUCAUAGGCAUAAGUAUCAGAUUCUUUAGUUGCAAUAUUCAAUAUAUUUUAUAUAUGGGUAUUUUACAUUACAUGUACGUUAAACUUAAAGCAUAGCUUAUACUAUUUCGUGAGGAUUUAUUCCAGUUAUUAUAUAUUAAAAUACGUGGAAUUAUUAUAGUCAACGUAAGUCACAUUUCAUGUCAAAAAGUCCGCAAAGAUAUACGUGGGGAUGUUAUAAUCAUAUUAUUGAUAUACUAGUAUUAUUACAUGCAUUUAAUUAAUUUGUUCGUACAGAGGUAGCAUUUUAGCAAAUUAACAUAACACAAGC